AGUGUUCGUCUCGGGUUGGCGAUCUAACUAUAGUGUCGUAUUAAUAGUGAGAUUCGUUGCCUGGACGCCAGGAAAACGUGUGUCGGCUUUUAAACAUGUAAAAAACAGUACCAACGAUCAUUAAAAGUUAAAGCUGUGAAAAGGAAAAUUUUCACAUCGUAACGUACCCAUUAGAAUAAGCUUACCAUGCACCGAAAAUUCCAUUUUACAUAAUGACGCUAUCUAAAGAUAGUGAUAACCAUAUAGAAGCAAAGACUGACAUAUGUGAUGAUUCCAAUUGGGAUUCCUUAUAUUGUUCUCAUCUGUGGUCAAAUAGCAAAUUACGAAAAGCAAUAAUAACGGCGUCUUACCAGGAUAAAAAUGUUAUUAAAUAUUGCUAUAGGUGUAGGGGAAAAAUAAGGAAAUAUGAAAUUCAACCAUCAGAAGAUAUUUUCUUACCAAAUGAACAUUCAACUCCAACACGAAAUAUUGAAACCAGAUUCCAGGAACUGCCUUUAAACGUGACACAAGAAAGUUCUAUAAAUGUUAUAUCUUUAGACCUUCCAGGCGAUAGAAUAAUUGCAAAAGACAUUGAACCUAUCGCAAAUGUUGAGAUUAACCAAACCAUUCCAACGAUAUCCCGUCAAAUUGAUUCCAGUUUUCGCCAAAAGUUUGUUUCCGAUAUGCGUAAUAAUGAAAUUAACCAAAGUAGACUGAGGAAAAGCCUGAAAGGCAUCGGAUGUAUAGUUAAUUUAGCACUUAACGAUAAUUCAGUAAAGAAAAGAACACACAUUCAAGCAUGCUCAAUAAGUGUAAUGAUACUAGCGAUUAUAGUUAUUAGCUUUGUAUUAGUUAAUUUUACAAAUCCUAAUUAUACACGUGCGACAACGAUAGAGAGUACAAUUGUAGUGCCAAUAAAAAGUAUAGAAUCAAAUGAAACAUCAUCACCGAUUAUUAAUUUCAAUACGAAUCCCACAAUCCUAACAACUUUGAACGUAGCAGAUUUCACACAGAAACAAGAACCAGAACCAGAACCUAUCACCCAGGUCCCUGAAAACACUUCUCUAAUUUUUAGUGUAAUUUCUAAGAUCCGUAAGAAUGUCCGCACGUUUCCAAAAAACGCAAAUAAAGAAAGUUUGAGGCCGAAAGACAUCAUAAACAGAGAUGUAUCUCAAAGAUUUUGCUCGUGCCAAAUAAAUGAAGUUUGUAUGUUAGAUGAGAAUAGUGGUACUGCAGUUUGUAAGAAAGCAAUAGAUAUUGAAGACCCAACAGGUUGCGGAGGACUUUGUACAAUAGAAACAGAAGCUUGUCAGCUAGUGGACCGUCUGCGUGGUGUUCGUGUCUGCAGACUUUUGUCGUUGGUGACUUGUUUGCCGGAAGAGUGGCGCUGUCGUAAUGGGCUUUGUGUGAAAGCUGAUCAACGAUGUGACGGUUCCAUUCAGUGUUAUGAUCGCUCCGAUGAAAUGCAUUGUGAUUGUGAUUUAACAAAACAAUUCAGAUGUGGACAUUCCAUAUCCUGUUUCUCCAAUACAAAACUUUGUGAUGGAAUAAUUGACUGCUGGGAUGGAUAUGAUGAAUUGAAUUGUACUACCGAGUGUCCAGGUGACCAGUUUACGUGCACAAACGGUCAGUGCAUUCUGUCAUCAAGGUUUUGCGAUAAUCUAGCUGACUGUGUGGACGGUAGCGACGAGCCUCAUGGCUGUGAUGGAGGCUGUAGUGCACAGGAGUUACGUUGCGCUAACAGUAGAUGUGUGCCACGCGCUGCACGAUGUGACGGCAGAGACCACUGCGGUGAUGCCAGUGAUGAACUCCAUUGUUCCUAGGAUAAUUAUUGAACAGACUCUAGGAAAAAUCAAAAUAUUAUUCAUAAAUAAGUGCCCUUCAAACAUCUCAGUAGUGCUAUUCUCUUAUAAAAACAGUCUCGAACUUAUUGCCAAGCUUAACGCUGUCUUAGCAAAAAGGUUCAAUCAAAUAAAAGCUACAUGAAAAGGUUUUUAUUUAAUUGAACCUUUAUACUAUCACAGCACUGUGCCUGUCGAACAAAUUUAGGGCUUUAUGUUUUAUUUUUAGCUGCAUAGCUGAUAUUAAAGUUUUUUUAAGGUAACAAUAAACUUGAGCAUUGCGUUGUUACGUGUAGAUUUUUCCGAUUUUAAUUUUGUCACACUGAGUAAUAAACAGAGACAAGAUAUAACAAGCAUACAUCUAUUUACGGACAUUCUAGUGAAGGCUCUUAAUACUAGUCGUAUAGGUAUAUAAUUAUUCACCAAAAAGAAGUCAGACAACAAUAACAAAAUAACACAGUUCGGAAAUAAGCUCGAAGGAAAUCGAGCCCAUUGCAUUUAUUCGCGUGGUGAAAUAUUGCGAUGCGACGCGCACACUGUCGAUAGUGUGUCAACGUUUAGCUAGAUUGCUUGCUAAAACAUAUAUUUUAUUAAAUUAUAAGUAUAACGCAAAAUCAAAAGCUGUUCAUUACAAAUGAAUGCUCAAAUUUAUCAGAACCUUUAUAAAAACUCCACCUUCCCUUAAAUAUCAUUAAGGUCAUCGAGAUCGAAAAAAGUGCGUUACAUCUGCGCUUUAUGUUCCUAGCCGAUAGUAUUAUUUUAAAUUAUAUAUUUUGCAUUGACAUCCCUAAAACACUAUUAAAUUAAAUUGUAUUUAAAAACCUAACAACCUCAAAGGAAUGUAAAUCUAACUCCGUCCACAAACGAGCUGCUAGCUUGGCUACUUCUGUACCAGGAUAUUGUUUUCGCUGUAGACUUACAUUUUGUUUGUAUAUAUAAAUAGCUUUUUAUAAAUUAUUUUUAAUAAUAACUUUUAGGCACACUUACUUACGUCUGGUUUGGUGGUAAGUCGUCAUUUUCGGAAUUUCCUUACUUUCGGUAUAAACCCCAAAGCACUAUAUAAAUGACAUACCAAGGUACCUCUACCAAAUAUAAUUGGUAUAUUCAAACAAUCAAUAGGUUAAAAUAUAGGUAUCUACCAACUGUUAAUUAUAAAGAAUUUAAACGUUGGAUUCUAACCAUAUGACGUUAUAAAAAAAACUAGGUAAGUACCUCGCUACACUGAAACGUGUACAAAACAUGCGAACUUCAGAAAAUGUUUUACCUCACCCGUAGAUAAAUAAUGUACCUAAAUACAUUAUUUGGGUAAAACCUACAUAUAUGUAUAAUUAAAAAUGUGUGAAGGUAUAAAUUAGAGUUAAAUAUUAUAUAUUAUUUUUAGUCGUGUACUUGUGUAUAAGAUUGUAUAUGAAGUAAGUUUAAAACUACCUAUAUAUAAAUAUUAAUAAAGCAGCAAUAUUUUUC